AUGGAAUCAUUUGACACCUACCAGACCCCUCUAGCAAGCCGCUAUGCCAGCAAGGAAAUGGCACAUCUCUUCUCUGCAGAGAACCGUUUUCAUACGUGGAGAAAGCUCUGGCUUAGCCUCGCACAAGCAGAGAAGCAACUCGGAUUGCCCAUCUCAGACCAGGCCAUUGAGGAAAUGAAGACAAACCUUCAUCUGGAUGCGAAACAGUUCGAGAUCGCAGCGGAGGAGGAGAAGAAACGGAGGCACGAUGUCAUGGCGCAUGUGCACACCUUUGGACAAAUGGCGCCUGCUGCUGCUGGUAUCAUCCAGUGCGGAUCACUCAAGGAAUGCUCUGAGGUCUUCUUUGCAUUACAUGUGGUGUGUGUGGCGCUCUCUAGUUUAGGGGCCACAUCGUGCUAUGUCACCGACAACGCCGACCUCAUCUUCAUCCGCCAAGCCCUCACCAUGAUCCUCGCAAAACUUUCCGUCGUCAUCGACCGAUUCGCCACAUUCGCAAAACAAUACCGUGCACUCCCCACUCUUGGGUUUACCCACUUCCAGCCCGCGCAGCUGACCACGGUGGGGAAGAGAGCUACAUUGUGGAUCCAGGAGCUUCUGUGGGAUCUUAGGAAUAUCAAGAGGGCUCGUGAUGAUCUUGGUUUCCGUGGAGUCAAGGGGACUACUGGUACCCAGGCUAGCUUCCUCGCUCUUUUCGAUGGCGACCAUGACAAGGUAGAGGAGCUUGACAAACUCGUGACAGAGCUGUCUGGAUUCGAAUAUGCAUACCCCGUAACAUCGCAAACCUAUUCGAGGAAAAUCGACAUCGAUGUCCUUUCUCCCCUGGCCUCCUUUGGUGCUACCGCACACAAGAUCGCCACUGACCUGAGACUUUUAGCGAACCUCAAGGAAGUCGAAGAGCCCUUCGAGUCUACUCAAAUCGGAUCCUCCGCCAUGGCCUACAAACGUAACCCCAUGCGUUCCGAGCGCAUCUGCUCCCUCUCCCGCCACCUCUUCACACUCCACCAAAACGCGCUCAUGACCUCCUCCGUCCAAUGGUUCGAGCGCACACUCGAUGAUUCCGCCAACCGUCGUGUCACACUCCCCGAAGCAUUCCUGACGGCCGACAUCGUCUUGAGCACGCUGCAGAACGUGAGCGAGGGCUUAGUGGUGUACGAGAAGGUGAUCGAGAGGAGGAUCGGGCAGGAGUUGCCGUUUAUGGCGACGGAGAAUUUGAUCAUGGCGAUUGUGAAGAAGGGUGGUGAUAGGCAGGAGGCGCAUGAGAAGAUUCGGGCUCGUCUUUCCUUCUCCUCCAUAUUGAUUGUGUCAGGGCGCUUACCGGUUUUGUCGCACGAAGCGGGUUAUCAAGUCAAGCAACUCGGCCUCGAGAACGACCUCAUCGAUCGCGUCCGUAAAGACCCUUACUUCGACCCCAUCAAGGGCGAGCUCGAGUCUUUGCUCGACCCGACGUCUUUCAUUGGCCGGGCGCCGGAGCAGGUGGAUAAGUUCUUGAAAGAGUGGGUGGAGCCUGCGCUGGCGGAUGAGGAGCUCAAGAAGGCAAUCCAGAAGGCCGGGAAGGCUGAAUUAAAUGUUUAG